CAUUGUUUCUUCUUGAUUCUUCGCUGUGGCAUCUUUGAUUUGGUUCCAGGGGUUUACCCCCCACAAGGGAAGGAGAUAAUGCACUAAAUUAGUGCAGAGAGAGAGAGAGAGAGAGAGAGAGAGAGAGAGAGAUGUGUACAUUGGACGUUUCAAUUGGAGAGAGAGAGAUGUAUACAUUAGACGUUUCAAUUGGAAGAGUACAGCAAUAUUUAGUAAGGAGUGAUUUAUGGAAAGAGGAAAUGAUUUCUCAGAGUAUCAGAAAUGAAGUUUUACCAAGUUUAACAAUUGAGAAUAACGUGGCGUCUUGCAGUGACCGCUGCAAAUGAAAAGGAUAACUCCUGUUGUAAGAGCAAUGGAGGUUGAUAUCUUACUCAGUCCCAGAGUAAAUUCGGUGAAACCCUCCAAAACGGUGGCCAUAACUGACCAGGCAACAGCUCUCGUACAAGCUGGUGUGCCUGUUAUCCGAUUAGCAGCUGGAGAACCCGAUUUUGAUACCCCAACUGUAAUAGCAGAGGCUGGGAUGAGUGCAAUACGCGAAGGCUACACGAGGUACACUCCAAAUGCGGGGACCCUAGAACUCCGCUCAGCAAUUUGCAAAAAGUUGAAGGAGGAGAAUGGGAUUUCUUAUACACCUGAUCAGAUUCUCGUGAGUAAUGGAGCGAAGCAGAGCGUCCUUCAAGCAGUACUAGCUGUUUGUUCACCCGGAGAUGAGGUCAUAAUUCCAGGUCCAUUUUAUGUGAGUUACCCAGAAAUGGCAAGGCUGGCUGAUGCGAAACCCGUGAUUCUUCCGACCCACAUCUCUGAAGAUUUUCUCUUGGACCCAAAGCUCCUAGAAUCCAAACUCAGUGACAAGUCUAGACUCUUGAUUAUUUGUAAUCCAUCUAACCCGACAGGAAGUGUUUACCCAAGGAAACUGCUAGAACAGAUCGCUCAGGUUGUGGCAAAACAUCCUCGGCUUUUGGUGCUAUCUGAUGAAAUUUAUGAACACAUUAUUUAUGCACCAGCUACUCACACAAGCUUUGCAUCUUUGCCAGGCAUGUGGGAGAGGACUUUGACUGUCAAUGGGUUUUCCAAGACCUUUGCAAUGACUGGAUGGAGACUUGGAUACUUAGCUGGUCCUAAACACUUUGUUGCGGCAUGUGGAAAGAUACAAAGCCAGGCCACUUCAGGUGCCAGUAGUAUAUCCCAAAAAGCAGCUGUUGCUGCUUUAGGAAUGGGUUAUGCUGGUGGAGAAGCAGUUGCUACUAUGGUCAAAGCAUUUAAGGAGCGGCGAGAUUAUUUGGUUCAGACUUUUGGUGAAUUGGAAGGUGUUAAAAUAUCAGUGCCACAGGGAGCUUUCUAUAUCUUCCUUGAUUUCAGCUCAUACUAUGGAACAGAAGCUGAAGGCUUUGGUAUGAUCAAAGACUCUGAGUCCCUAUGCCGCUAUUUGCUGGACAAGGGUCAGGUCGCUGUCGUCCCAGGCGAUGCAUUUGGGGAUGACACCUGCAUCCGUAUCUCCUAUGCUGCAUCUCUUUCCACCAUACAGGCUGCAGCGGACAGUAUCAAGAAUGCACUUUUAUAUCUUAGACGUGCCGUCCCUGUCUAGCUUAGAUGGUAACUAUGCUAUUGUGGCUGUACUGAUUCUGUAAUCGAAGACAUUUUUUUUUUUUUUGUGUGGUAAUUAUAUCAUGAUCUUGAUUGAGGAGAUCUGCAUUCCUAUUGCACUCAGUAAUAAUCAAUUGGAAAUCUUGAAUGACUAAUCAAGAUAAACACAUAUCCACUGGUCUGUAAUCUCCUCUCUAUUGUUGUACGGAUUAUCCUGUAUCAAUUUGUUAUCUUCGGCUGCGGGAUUUAGCUUGGACAUUCGGAAGUUGCUUGUGUAGAAGCUCUUGCUUGAUGUGCAAGUCGUGUAUUGAAUAAAUAUUUUUGCCAAAUCAGGCUCAUUCG